CUCCAAGAAAAUUGGCACACAGAGUAACAAAAUACAUUAGCUGUUGCUAACGUGCGCGUUAAGCGCAAUUUGAACUUCCUAUAUCUCCUUGGUCCUUCCUCUACCUUACAUCCCCUCUCUCUCUCUCUCUCUCUUCUCUCUCUCUCUUAGUUGCAGCAUUACACACUUUCACACUCGGUCGCUGUACACAUAUAUUACUCUGAUUUUAUUUUUUUGACACAGCUAUACGUAUAUAUAUAUAUAUAUACAUAUAUAUGAACUUCGGAUUUUGUGUGGGGUGGAAAGAAUUGGAGAAAUGGAUCCGCCAUUAGUGAACGAGGCAUCAUUCACCGCUGCAGCCAACCCUUCUUCUUAUAGUUUGGCUGGGCUGCUGUCGUUCCCGACGAGCGGCGGCGGCGGCGGCGUAGGAGGUGGACUGGGACUGAGAAUUGGCAGCUUCGGCGGCGUCGGUGGAGACGGGUCCCUCGAGGCGGCGUCGACGGUGACAGAGCACGGCGGCGGAAAUGGCGGUGCCAAGAGGAGAAGGGAUGUUUCUACCAGUUGCCCCAAUCAAGAUUUGAAUGAGUCGAACGCGAAACGGACAAAAGUAUUUGGAUCUAGCGAGGAAAACAAUAGCAACUCGAAAACAGAACCACAAGCAGCGUAUUCAGGGAGCAGUAUAAAACCGAUCGAAGAGAAAAAUAAACCGGAACCCCCGAAAGACUACAUUCAUGUUAGAGCAAGAAGGGGUCAAGCCACCGAUAGCCACAGUCUUGCUGAACGAGCUCGAAGAGAGAAAAUCAGCGAGAGGAUGAAAAUUCUGCAAGACUUGGUUCCGGGUUGUAACAAGGUAAUUGGGAAAGCUCUUGUUCUUGAUGAAAUUAUUAAUUACAUCCAGUCACUGCAGCACCAAGUCGAGUUUUUGUCGAUGAAGCUUGAAGCGGUGAAUUCGAGGUUGAAUCCUUCGAUAGAAGUGUUUUCUUCCAAAGACUUAGCACCGCCAGCAUUUGACGCAAACGGGAUGAUAUACGGGCCGCAAACACCGGCAGAAUACGGCGAGAGAUCGCAGGCGGAGUGGCUUCACAUGCAAGUUGGAAGUGGCUUCGAAAGAGCUACAUGACUGAACUGACUAGUGUGUACUUAGCAGAAAAUAAUCUGGAAAAAGCCAUUCCACUUAAAUUAUUUUAGUUAGACCGUUUGAUUUUUAGCAUCGUUAUAUAUUUGUAAUCAAUAUAUAUUGUGUAUUGUUAGCAAAACACGUGUUUUUA